GAACAGUUUAAUGAGAUGUUUCCUCUCCCACCCACAGGAGUGACGGCGUCUUCCUCCUCGACGAUAGACCACGGGGAAGAGUGGAGUGUGUCAUGGUGGUCCACAGUGGAUCACCCAAACUACGCCCACCACACCCACCACCACAAUCACUCCAACACCAGCACCAGUAGCAGCCCCGCCACCACCCGCCACCACAAACACCACCGCGACCAAAAUCACCACAAGGUGCGCCACCAUCACGACGAGCGGGUGCUGCGGCGGCGGCGAUACCUUCCCAACAGACACCAGCCAAAGUUCUCUCACAACGAAUACCAAGCCGAUGUGCCGGAGAAUCUUCCUGUCGGUUCCACCAUUAUGCACGUGGAAGCAACAGACGACGACCUCGAUAUUAAUGGACUAGUGAAGUACAGAGUGAGUGACACCGAACAUUUCGCGGUAGACGAUGGCGGCGUGGUCACGAACAUUAAGCCCCUCGACUUUGAACACACGAAAGGGGAGUACCGCUUCUACGUGUACGCCGAGGACCAGGGGCACACGAGGUCUACGAGGAAGGAGGCGAGGGCUGCUGCUGUCGUCCACGUCAGGGACACCGAUGAGCCGCCUUACUUCGAGAACUCUCAGUACACCUUCGCCAUCACGGAAUCAGCGGGGACAGGUGCUUACGUGGGGACGGUGGUGGCCAGGGACGCCGAACUCAACUUUGAUAGAUACGAACUGAGGGGCGUCCAACCUCCUGGCACGUUCGUGGUGGAGCCCAAGAACGGGAUCAUCAGUGUCGGCACCAACUUCUUCGCCAACAAGAGAGAGUUCGAUUUCCAGGCAGUGGCGAUUGAUCACACCAACCUGAACUCUUCGGUGCCCGUCCACGUGAACAUCAUAGCCAACAGACCCGUGUAUGGUAAGCCCGGCCACUUCCCUCCACAUGAUCAAUCAAGACUUACGUGGCACAAGGGUAAGAAAAACGAGAACACACACAAGCCUAUAUUCAAUGAGUGUUCGGCGCUGGACGGCAUCUCCGUGACCGAGAACAGGACAGCGGGACUCAGUGUUGUUAUGAUGACGGCCUCGGACGAAGACCAGGGUGUCAACGGGCAGGUCACUUACCAUCUUCUGAACGACCUGGAGACCUUCGCCAUCGAGACCAAGACGGGCCACGGCUACAUCACCACCACCAGGAUGCUGGACAGGGACGGGGAGGACCGGGAGUUCUUCCUGACUGUGAUCGCCAGGGACGGGGCGCCUCCUGACGAAGCCCUUCAGGAGGCGUGCACCUUCAAGAUUAUUGUGGAUGACAUUAACGACAACCCGCCAAACUUUGACAAGCCGCUGUACGAGCAAAACAUCGCCACGGACCACAACCGAGAAACUGCAGUGCUGAGGGUGACCGCCACAGACAUAGACACACUGGAGAACGCGGACAUCACUUACACACUUGACAAUACAAACUCCGAUGACUCCUCCUACUUCUCCAUCAACGAGAACACGGGCAUCAUCAACCUGGUGAAGCCACUGGAUGAUAGUAUGGCCAGUGUUAAGACUUUUGAGCUGGUGGCCAGGGCGACGGACAAGGGGAGGCCGCCCCUCACCAACACAGUGCCCGUCAAAGUAAUGGUGGUGUCCUCGGGGAGUCUGCCGCCCACCAUCAUUCAAAUUGACACUCCGACAUCCAUCCCUGAAAAUUCACCGCUGGACACAAUCGUCGCCACCGUCUGUGCACAGUCCAAUGUGCCCAAUGAUCCCGACGUGUUCUUCAUCCUAGUGACUGGCAAUACGGGGGACACCAACGCCGACGGCACCUUCGCCAUCAGAAAGCUUCCCAACAAUAGCCCGUCGUGUCCCGCCGGAAGUCGAGGAGUUGUCAUCUAUCUCGCUGUGAGGAAUCUCGACUAUGAAACCAUCACACAGUACAAGUUGAUUCUCCAAGUCGUGAACACCCAGAACGCGAGGGUAGACGAGCAGGUGUUGGUAGCCAUCGAGGACGUCAACGACAUUCCUCCCCUGCUGCAGCCCUUCGACGGCGCCAUCACGGAGAACUCCCCGCCCAUCCUCAUCACCACCAUCAAGGCCAUAGACAAGGACGCCUCGCCUGAGUUUAGAAAUCUCGUAUACUCCUUCGACGAGGCGGACGUGAACCCUGACGUGAAGACCAAGUUCAGUCUCUCGCCGAAUGGACAGCUGCGGACCCUCAUGCCGCUGGACAGAGAGGAGAAGAACAAAUACAUGAUUCCUGUCCACGUAACAGACGGAGACCACAACCGCACCUACAUGUACUGGAUCACGGUGCAAGACAUCAACGACGUGCCUCCAGAGUUUGAUCAGAACCUGGGCGUAUACGAGGUGGAGGUGCCCGAGGACAAGGCCGUCGGGAAGAACACGGGCAUUGUCCUCAAGGUUAUUGAUCCAGAUGUUGUGAACCACAACGACUUCCAGAUCGUCACUGGCAACGAGCAGCGCAAGUUCAGCAUUGACUCCACGACGGGCGAGGUGACGGUGGCCUCCAAACUGAACUACGACGACCCAGUGCGGGACAGAAAUUUCACGAUGCUAGUGCGACUAAGUGACGGGGCCAACCAGAUGGCAGAGACACGCAUCACCAUCGCCGUCAUCAACGUGAACGACCUGCAGCCAGUAUUCGACCAGUCCUCCUACUCCUUCACCGUCACCGAGAACAUCGAGUGUGACAUUCCCUUCGGCCAGGUCUCUGCGAUGGACCCCGACUUGCCUCCCGACGUGGACCAGAACAUACAGUAUUACUUGGCGGGCAACGAGAGGAUCAACUUUACCAUCCACGCCACCACUGGGAAGCUCUCCAUUGUUGGGUGUCUGGACCGCGAGGCAGCAACCAGGGGCGUCAUGACCAUCUACCCCAGGGCUAAAGAUGAUGGAGGCGAUGGUUUUGACGCCGACCCGCCCGCCGUCACCAUCAACAUCGUCGACCAAAACGACAACCACCCAUUCAUCCAGAGUCCGGACAACAGCUACACCAAAUUCAUGGAGAACACAGACCCAAAUACUGUGACCAGCGUGAUCAUCCAGCUGGCUGACUGGGACACGGAGGAGCACGGCUGUCCCUGUGAACUGGUCCUCGAUAGCUCCGCCUCGCCUGACAGCGGGAAGUUCAUGGUCGAGAAGGUGACAGGAGAGAACUCUCGCUUCUCCAUCAAGCCUCUCGUUGUGCUGGACCGUGAGGCUCAGAAGGUGUACGAAUUGCCUUUCCGCACCACUGACCGGGAAGGGGUGAAUGGGAUCCGCUACCUUACGGUGGAGGUGGGUGACCAGAACGACUCCCCUAUGACUGACGGAGAGAGCACCAUCCAAGUGUACAACUACCUGGGUCAGUUCCCUAAGAUGGUGAUCGGGACCGUAUACGUGACUGACCUUGACGAUUAUGACACGGCUGAUAAAGUGUUCGAGAUCGAUCCGACAACGUCCUUGGAAGUCGACACGUGGUUCGAUGUCGACUACAACUCCGGGGACAUCACGAUGCUGAAGGACACGCCGAGUGGCACGUACCUGCUCAUGGUCAAGGUGGAGGACAAGUUCAGGAAUGAGGUGGCCAUCGGUUCGGUGACCAUCAAGGUAGUGGAUCUGACAGAGGAGGCGCUGAUGCAGUCUGGUUCCUUCAGGGUAGAGGGAUACUCGUCCAUAACACUUCUUGAGCAGCAGGACGCUGCUGUCACGGGCACUAGCCUCUAUGAAAGACUCAAGGUUGCCAUCGGGACCAUCCACCAAAUACCGCCUGAGAACGUGGACAUCUUCAGCCUGCGGGACGUUGGUAAUGACGUGGACGUUCGCUACAACUGCCAUAACUCGCCUUACUUUACCGCCGCGAGGCUCAACGGGCUCAUGCUUACCUACUUGUCCAAGCUCAACACCAACCUCGGAGUGAAAAUAUCAAGAGUAAACCUGGAUCGUUGUCUUUAUGAGGAUGUCCCAGAAUACCCCUGUGGCACCAUCAAUGGCGGCACCACCAGUUGUCAGCAGACUCUGAAGCCCAACAUCACAUCGCCUCUGGUCGUGGCAGGUGAGACAGUCACGAUGGUUGGCGUCGACAUCGCGGACGAAUACGAUUGUAAUUGUGGAGUUCUGGAGCCACUGCCAUCUGUGUGCUACGAUGGAUAUUGCCUCAACGGUGGAAAGUGCACGGCAGACAAUGACACGCUGAUCUGUGAGUGCCCCGUCCCAUCCAAGGAGGACUAUGGACCAAGGUGUGAGCUACUGAGCGCCAGGUUCGAGAGAGGGUACGCCUGGUAUGAGCCGCCGAAAGUCUGUGAAAACUCGACAAUUUUCAUGUCAUUCCAAACACAGGAAAAGAAUGGAAUACUCUUGUACUCUGGUCCCACGGUUACUCGGCCUUGGAAUAACUAUCCAAGAGACUUUGUCUACGUUGUCCUCAACAACUGGGUGCUGGAAACUUACAUGGAACUUGGCACUGGAACUGUUAGUAUAUCCAUCCCCCUCGAGAAAAACAUACAUCGUACCUUCGACUAUUACAUCUCCUGGAAUCAAUUAGGGAUUACGUUUGAGGUCAUCAACUGCUCCGGCAACUCCAGCGCCGGGGCCAAUAGUCACUGCAAGAAAUCUGUUCCCUUGCUGGGCGGCGGAGACGCGAACCACCUCCUGAACCUGGCGGCACCGCUACAGCUGGGCGGAAUGGCGGCCAUGCCCAGUUUUCAACAGCUGGCAAAAUCUUAUGAGUGGUCCAUGACACCUCCCAAUAUCGAUCCCUUCCUUGGCUGCGUCCUGGAACUCCGCCACAAAGAUUACCUUUACGACCUCAACUCAACAGACUAUGACAAGAAUACGUACAAACCUUGUGACGCCCCUACCCAGGCGAAGGUCAUCAUGGGCAAGCAGUCAAUCGUGAUCAUCGUGGUCAGCUUGCUCUGCCUCAUCAUGUUGGUGCUUCUUAUCCUGUGUCUGGCGAGGCGCAACCAAAAGACUAUCUCCUACCCCGAGCUGGACGGCAUCGUGAAGGAGACCAUCGGGAGCACGGACAUCGAGGGCUUUGGUGAGAAGGACAUGACGCAGUAUGACCUCAAGCUUCUGCGGGUGGGUCCUGACGGCUACCUCUUUAACGAUGCUCAUGGAGAAAAACAGUCCUAUAUUAACCCUCUAAUGUAUGAAGGGUUGCAGGGAAACGCAGAGCACGCCACGUUGAGCGGGGAUGGUAGACGUCUGCCGGAUGUGGCCGACGACACCCUUCAGAAGCGCAAGGCCCCUAUAGCCUUGAUGCCUGAGGGACUCAGCAUCGGGGAUUUCAUAGACGAGAACAUCAAGAAGGUGGACAAGGAUCCCUCAGACUUCGACGACGUGCGGCAUUACUGCUACGAGGGAGAUGCGAUGUCGAUAGCGUCUUUGUCUUCCAUUGGAUCGGGAGGGUCGACUGACAGCACUGAGACAUUUGACUAUAAGAACGACUGGGGCCCGCGGUUCGAGAAGCUCAACGACAUCUACAAACGAGUCUCCGACGAAGAGGACGACAGCGACUACGAGUUCAACGUUCCCAAACAGAGGAAGCGCGUGUCUCUGCCCCCGCCAGUCAGCGAUACUAGCCCGGCCACGUCCCCUGUCGAUAAGCCCGUCACCACCUCACGGCCCACCGAGGAACCCACCGUCACUUUCUCCGGGAGUUCCGGCGAGGGCGGUGAACGGCCUGCACCAAGGGCCACCGCCGAAGCCUUCAAUCCAGUGUCCCCCUACGAGGAAGUGGAGGGCGAGGAGUCGUGGUGCUAGUAGACGACCCCCAGGUAGAGUGAAGGUGAAGGUGGUGAUGCACGCCGUCGGGGGGUGUGGCCUCAGGUGUGUUUCCAGGUAUACAAAACAUAAUGUAUCUUCGCCGUAAGUGGUUGUAUGAAUUCAGUAAGGCGUUGCUAAUAUUCCUAAUGUUGUUUAGUUGUAUUAUUUUUUUGUUCCAAGGAAUUGCUUUACUGCUUUUCCUAUUGUGAUACGAACCGCACGUAAGUCAGUGCUGAAGGCGACCAAAACCAAAGGUGCUUCAAUCAAAGCUUCACCUCCUCCUCUCUCCCCUCCCAUCACCUCACCUCCCUCUGAAGGUGCCUGCGUGAGUUGUGAAUCGACGCUUGUCUGGAAAACAAAAAAAACAAAAAAAGUAGGAAGUGAAUUUUCGUGCUCGUCACACUUUGAUAAUACACAGCUUUAGAAUUUGUAUUGAAGUAAUUAAUUACGGUGAUUUUUUUUUUUCCUUUCGAAAGUGUAUGACUGUACAUGAAAGUCAUAAACAAACCGAAGAUGAGUGUUGCUUAGUUCAUAAGAAUUGGUGUCCCGCGUACGGUCAAAGUGUGUGGUGUUCAGUGUAAUGAUUUGUUCUCCUGACGACGGUUGCAGCAGGGCGAGUGCUGUCAGAUGGGUGCUCGUCCUCUUCUUUGUCAUUGCUUUGAAAUUGCUCCUCUGGUAAAUGCAGACAAUAAUUUUGAUUUGAAUUUGUAAUCUUCAAAAUUAAGCAGUAUGUUCAAGUUAUUAUGUUUAAGUAUAUGAUUAGCUCUUUAUUUGUGUGUGCCUAAUAUGGGAACCACAUUUAAAAGAUAAGUUUUGUGAUUCUUGCUCAACUGUGGGCGAAGCAGCAAGGCGGCGGCACCUCCAGCGCUGGCCAGGGCUCGGUGUGUGAUGCAGCGGCGGGACCCUCGGUGAGGGGGAGGCUGCCGCGGCAAAUCCAGUGCCCGGCGGUGCAAGAGCCAGUGUUGUUCACUAGUCGUGUGUGUGUCUUGGGAGACCAAACAGAAUGACCAAAUGUACCGGGAAGGGCGUUGGUUGACGCUCUCAGGGGUCAACAUGCCACUGCCUUUCUUUUUAGAUGUAAGGUAUGAUUGAUAGUUUUUGUUGAAUUUUAUUUGAUUUUUACGACUAUUUUAUACUCCAAGGACGGGAAGGAAGUCACAUUAUUUUGUAACACUUAAUAUAAUGUAGCUUAUCCGAGGCCAAAGUGUUUGUGAUUGCGUGUAUCUUUUAUAUAAUCAUUUAAAGUAAGGAAAUUCUAAUUUUAAUUAUUGUAGAGGGACAAGGAGCUGAUUUCGAUAAAUCGUGACGGAGAAACAUCUCUGCUAAAGACGACUCGCUGCUGGCUGCUGGCCACCACCUGUACUGUAGAUGCUGUCCCACCAGCAGCCGAUGGGAAGCUGCCAGCUGCUUUCCUAGACCUGUCUGAACAUGGAGACCAAAUAAAAGGAGACUAAUAGACAAGAGUGGUAAUGCUGGUCAUUGGGACAGGCUAGGGAGGGCCCACCGUGACGGGAACAAGCAGCCCCACGCAGCUGUCAGAGCGGCUAGGCGGGAGCGGCACAGCGCGGCAGGUUGGGGCAUGGUGUGCCUCAAGGCCAUGUUUUAGACUGUUUUGAGUUUUAUUGAGGUGCUUGUUGUUUUCUUAUUAAGUUAUGGAUUGAAUGAGAUAAGAGUAUGUAGGGACAUUCCAACCAAUAGCCUUUAUCACACACACACACACACACACACACACACACACAAGUGAUUUUUAUUAAUUUCCGUGCCUCGCCUGGGUGGAGCCGGGCAGUGUACUGGCAGAGUCAUCUGGACUGGCAUGACAAACUUGACUUGUAUUCAUCUCUGUUUCCUGACGUGGAGGUGGCGCUGCCAUCCUCCAGUCCUCACCUCGAUUCCUUUGAAUGUAUAAAGAGUAAGUCUGUGUACAUAUCAUAGUGUUUGAAGCUGUAGGUGUGUGAGUGUCUCGUGCCGAGAACACUGUUGUUUCUCACCGCGCCUUCCCUUAACACAGAGCGCCCUGUUCCUCGCCCUACUAAGUGCACUUUGAUUGGUCAUUCUGAAACAGCUGUAAACCUGUGUUUUCAGUAGAUUACCAAAGUAUAUACCUACCCUAUAAACAAGAUGCUUAGUCAGUUUUAUGACACUGAAACACAUCCACACCAAUCAUAUUUUGUCAUGAAAUACUGAUUUUUUAUACAUUUCAUAAUCAUCUAAGUCUGCCCCUUUCCGUGCUGGCUGGAACACACACACCUACACACUAAAUAAGUGGCUGUGGCGCGGCGGGAGUAGCCGGGCGGGGUGUUAAGGGUGCGGGCGACGGGACUAAUGACUGGCCUCAGUGAUUACUGUGUGGGGUAAACUAUGUUGUGCAGCAGCUGUUUUGUAUCGGCCAUAUAAAAUAAAUAACUUUAUUUAUA